UUGCAUUGGUGAAUGUAUGCAAAAUAUUUAUCAUAAUAUUUACGCGGAAUCGUACCGACACUCGAACGUUGACUUUUGAGUGAAAAAUAAAUUUGUCAAUAAGUUAACAAAUACCGAUAAGCUCAUCGUGAAGAUCGAAAGUUCAGAAGAUACGGUUGUACGAGAAAUCUAAUCAACGCUUAAAGUCUUGACUUGGAAGAAAAUGACGAUGGACGUGAGCAAGACGGAACCGACCAAGAAUGGGACAAGCCAAAAAGAGUGCGCUGGAUGCGGAAAGAGCAUAACCGAAAGGUAUCUUCUAAACGCCCUGGAUAUGUACUGGCACGAGGAUUGUCUGAAAUGCGGAUGCUGUGACUGCAGGCUUGGAGAAGUUGGCUCGACGCUCUACACGAAAGCUAAUUUGAUACUCUGCAAAAGAGAUUAUCUCAGGCUCUUUGGAAAUACCGGCUACUGUGCAGCCUGCAGCAAAGUGAUACCAGCAUUUGAGAUGGUGAUGAGAGCAAGAGCGAACGUUUAUCACUUGGAGUGUUUCGCUUGUCAGCAAUGCAAUCACCGAUUCUGCGUGGGCGACAGAUUUUACUUGUGCGAAAAUAAAAUCCUGUGCGAAUACGACUACGAGGAGAGGCUCGUCUUCGCAAAUAUGGCUCUGCAUCCUCCACCCUCCGCGACUCUGGCCCACAUCAAGAGACAAGUAACUCAUCUUCAAUCUCCGGGAGGUCCAACCGGAUCUGCGCAAAGGCAGACAAACGGGGACGUCGGCCACAACCAUAACGGAUAUCCGGCACCCCCGACGACCUCUCACAGCGCUUUGAAUCAGAUGAACAGUUUGAACGGAAUCAACGCCCCGCCGCAGUACGACGGAAAAUGACAAUCAAAAUAGGCAAGGAGUUGCAAGUACCGAUGGAAUUCCCUCGGUCUCGAUGCUUACAACACGCGGAAAAAACGACGGCCAAAUAAAACUAAAAUAAUCUAUUAACCAAAAUCAUUCCCAAAGACGGUGAGAAGUUUUUUGCA